ACUUCUCCAUCAUGAUUUGGUUGGUGACUCUUCUGUCCUGCGCUGGGUUGAUUUGGGCUGAACAGCCCUUGAACCACAAUGAGCAGAAUGACAGAGUCAUCGGAGGCUAUGAUGCUGAUCGCUUAAUGUGGAGAUGGCAGGCUUCCCUCCAGUAUGAUUCAUACAAUGACGGUUACUUCGGUCACAUCUGUGGAGGAACCAUCAUUGAUGCUUUCUAUAUCAUGACAGCAGCUCACUGUAUCCUCAGCAAGGAUAGCAGUAAAUACCGGGUGGUGGUGGGUGAGUACCAACUCUACAAAGAUGAAGGCACUGAGCAGAACAUCAACGUGGAAAGCAUUAUUGUCCAUCCGGAAUGGAAUGGGGAUCUUGGCAAAGGGAAUGAUAUUGCUCUCUUGAAACUGGCCGAUCCCGUGAUUGGCACCAAUUACGUGCUGCUCGCCAACCUCCCCUACCCUGAGCAGACGCUGGAUCAUGACUUCACCUGUUACAUCUCAGGCUGGGGCUUAAUAGACUACGUGGGAACCCCCGUUGAAAUCCUCCAGGAAGCUCCCAUCUCCGUGGUGGAGCAUGCGGUCUGCUCCAGGCAUGAGGUGUGGGGCAGCCUGGCUCUGAAAACCAUGGUGUGUGCUGGAGGGGAUGGCGUCAUUUCAGGCUGCCAGGGCGACUCCGGCGGUCCCCUGAACUGCUAUACUGAUGGAGCAUGGAGAGUCCACGGUGUCGUCAGCUACGGACCUGCUGGCAUGUGCAACCAAUAUUCUAAACCCACCGUCUUCACCAGAGUCUCGUCUUUCAUGGACUGGAUGUAUUCAAUUACGGGAUCCAGGAAGGUUUAGACAGCAGAGUUCAAGGCUCUUCAAAUCAUCAUUUCAGACCUGUGAAAUAAAAUUCAUGAGCAUCUCA